CACCCGCUCGGCAGGGGUGCCGCUCGGCAGGGUCCCCGGAUCCGAGAGAGAGAGAGAGAGAGAGAGAGAGAGAUGAACGACCUGACAAGUGCAGCGAAAUUGAAGGAUCAGGAUGGCCAUUGUUGGAAGUGCAAACCAAUCCCGAGAGCAGCAAUCUGGGUCCUGUUAUCUGUCUUCCUAGUAGGCUUCGUAGUGUCCAUAUUCAUCCUCGUGGCGGUCCACAACGCCGCCUUCUUCCUCUCUCUCCUCUCCCUUUCCGCCCUUGUUGCUGCUUUUCUUAUCUGGAACGCUCUCAGCUGGAGACGAAACGGCGCCCUUCUCCUCUACCUCCAUUCCUUCCCCGACUCCGACCUACGUCUCGCUCGUGACGGCCAGCUUGUCAAGAUCACUGGGGUUGUCACAUGUGGCAGUGUCUCCCUUGAAUCCUCAUAUGAAAAGGCUUCCAGAUGUAUUUAUACUUCUACAAUCUUGUAUGAAUCGGGAGGAUGGGGUUUAAAGCCUAUAGAUGCUAACACGACAUGCUUCCACUGGAGAUUAGCAUACUCUGAGCGGUUCUCCACUGACUUUUACAUAACCGAUAGUAAAUCUGGUAUCAGAGCUCUGGUGAAAGCUGGAUCUGAUUGCAAAGUGGUUCCCCUCAUCAUUGAGAGCAGGCUCGUCAACACUACGCGAAAAUGCAUCACUCUCUCAACUCACCUGAGGAAAUGGUUGAUAGACAGAGACCUCUCAGCUGAAGCCCGUUUAUUGCGUCUAGAAGAAGGGUAUGUAAAGGAAGGCAACUCUGUGAGUGUGAUCGGAAUGUUGAAUAGAAGUGAUGACACUGCGACGAUUGUCCAGCCGGCAGAACUCAUCUCCACCGGAUGUUUAUGGAGAAAUAUGCUGCUUCCAGUUGAUGUUGAUGGACUUAUCUUAGGGGCCCAAGGGCGACUGCUCUGAUCACCACCCUGAAUUCGUUGCCCUGGCUUCAACAUUGACGCCUGACCUACGACCAACCAGAAUUUAGAUUUCUCUACUCCUAGCAAUUUAACCCCUAAUCCAUUGUUACUUCACACGUUUAAAAUAUUGUUUUCCUUUGCUAGCACCUGUAUAUAUUCAUCUUGUUUUUUGGGAAUGGUUUCUUUGGCUUCUUUGUCACCAGGGUUCCAGGAAUUGCAGCUAUGGAUGUUGAUUAUGUAUCCAUGUCACCAAUGCAGUUUUAUUCUUCUCCUUGAGCA